AUUGGUCGAGAGUCCGAAGGAAGUGACGUCACGAAGCAACGUCACAGGUCACAUGGGGGUAAAGAGGCGUCACAAAAAUGCUCAAGCGGAAGUCAUUCUGAUCGAUCAAAACGAGAUAACAGGAAGACAUCCUAAAAAGAAAGUGACGCCAUUAGUCAAGACGAAGUUCAUUCUGAUUGGUCCAAUCAAAAACUGAAAAUGCGCCAUUUUCCACGCAUAAUUUUAGAUAAUUAUUUCUAUUGCCUUUGGCGGCAAAACUAAGAACCCGCUCAAACUUGCCCGCAGACGUCAUAUUAGAGUUUCGAACUUAGCCAAUCAAAUUGAAGGACUGAAAAUGAAUAAAUUUCAACGCUACAGGACAUAUAGGUCAUUUGGUCUCUAGACAUCAAAGCGUACACAUCAAAUGAGUGCAGCUACUGAAAUCUACAAGGAUAUGGACAAAGAAACAGCAGCAAGUACAAGUCGUGGAAAUUCAUUUGCCGAAGAAAAGACCUUAACCAAGCACAAGAAAACUGGAAGAUUGUUUCAAUGUGAGCGAUGCCCUCAAACUUUCACUUUCCUUGGAAAUCUUAAACGCCACGAAAAGAUACAUUCUCAAGAGAAACGCUUUGAAUGCCAGCAUUGCAGUCACAAGUUUUACAGGAAAGAUAAAUUAAAGGAGCACCAGGAUGUUUGUAAACGUAAAGAUAAAGGAAAACGUCAUUUAGAGGAUGGUGCUGAGAGUACAAACGUUGGCGAAUCUUCAAUUAAACGACAAAAAAUUGAAGACAGCAACACAUACGAUCAUCGUAACUCAGCGAUAGAAGGAACUCUGCAAAAAUUCCAAUACAAGCCACGAACUGAAGAAAAAUACGACUUGAGCCUUACCUUGAAAGGUAAAAAGAGCCAUUUACAUAGACAACUGAACAAACAACUAGAGGCAAAGAAAGGAAUCAAGUGGUUUGUUAGUGUAAAGGCGCAAUUAUUCAAAUCCAAUAAGGAUGGAGAAGAAAUCAUCUCCGAGCCUCAUUUCAGAAGCCUCUGCAUGACGUCUACAAAUCCUUAUGAAAUAGAAGGGCAGCUAAAUGAAGUGAAUGGGAAAAUAAUAAGUGCGCUGAUGGCCUACCAGAAAGAAGGAAGCGGUUGGACUCUCUCUCAAGUGUUGCAGGUUAACUUGAACGUGGCACAAUACAGUCCAAUCAAAGGUUCCAGCUAUGUUCCCUUACCUAAAAAGUUACGAGAUAAAAAGGCAAUCGUCAACAUCAAAAAUAACGAUAACAAAUGCUUUAUGUGGAGUAUCCUGGCCUCUCUACAUUCCAUUCACUCGAAAUUCAACCCCGAACGUGUUAACCACUAUCAACCGUUUGUUAAAGAACUGAACUUUGACGGCAUAGAAUUUCCCGUCACUCUUGAUAAUAUUUCAAAGUUUGAAAAACAAAACUGCAUCGCCAUUAAUGUACUUGGAUUUGAAGAUGGAACUCUGUUUCCUUCAUAUAUUACUAAGCAAAGAUUUGAUGUUCAUGUGGACUUACUUCUCUACUCUGAGGGUCAACAAAAUCACUAUUGCUUGAUAAGAAAUCUGAACCGUCUUCUGUCUGACCAGAGGAAGCAUAAUGGAACCAUGUUUCACUGCCAUUAUUGCCUUCACGGCUUUGUAAGUGAAGAUCUUCUUCAAGACCAUCAACAACGUUGCAAUCAACACGGCGCACAAAAAAUCGAACUGCCUUCAGAAGACAGCAUGCCAUUCAUGCAGUUUAAGGAUUUUCACAAACAAUUAAGAGUACCGUUUGUCAUCUAUGCCGACUUCGAAAGUUUAACGACCAAAAUACAUUCAGUCUCUAAAGAACCCACCCUGUCAUCUACAGAAAAAUAUCAACAUCAUCAGGCCUGUGGUUUUGCCUAUGUGAUUUUAUCUCAAAAGCCUGGUUAUUGUAAAUCCCCUGUAGUUUACCGAGGGGAAGAUGCUGUAGAGACGUUCCUCGAAAUGUUGCAACAAGAGGAGAAGCAGAUAUCUACUAUUUUAAAGGACAUUGUUCCCAUGAAUUUAACAGCAGAAGAUGAAGCUCAGUUUGAAAGAGCCACACGCUGUCACAUCUGUAAAGAGGAAUUGGGUGCAGAUAAAGUGCGUGAUCAUUGUCACCUGUCCGGCUGGACAGUUCAGAGGAGCUGCUCACCACAGCUGCAACCUUAAUUUUCGAUUUACGGGGCGUAUCCCUGUAAUUCUCCAUAACAUGAAAGGCUACGACUCGCAUCUCGUGAUGCAGGGGCUUGGUAAAAUCAAGAACAAACCAAUCAACUGUAUUGCGAAUAAUAUG